CCGCCAUCGAGUAUCUCGUUACCAUUUUUGAGUUGGCGCUUGGGACUCGGACGCUACUUUGUAAGUGCCAGUGAUGGCCGCCAUCGAAUCUUUUUCGGUGUCUCGGUCAGCAGGAGCGUCGACGAGGGAGUUGUCACUUACGUGCACUAAGGAGUCUAAGAUAUGUGGUGUCCCGCAUGCAAACUAGUGUUUCAGGAGUAGUGCGAUGGUCGCUUGUAAUGUGCUUUGCCCUGUUGCAGCUGAUUCUAUUUCUCGUCUCAUCAAUAUCUUCUCGCAUUGAUCUUGUCCUGAUAGGCGACCACAUGAAUGCAACGAAUCAUUGGCCCGAUGGCUGCGGUAAUAUCGUAAUUCAGCUUGAGGGAGAAGCAGCUUUUCGUUCCUGCCGGCAUCAUUCAAUGGCCGGCAACUAUUCUCUCGGUACAUUCGAUUACACGACUUCUCCUGACCACUGUCAUAAGUUGAUUUGGCAACCAUACGGACGCGCAGCUCUACAUGUGGGCUGGCCAAUAUACACGCGAGAUUAUGCAUACAAGCUGUCAUCGGUACGGUCUGUACGGCCUAUCCGAGUCAUCGAGCGAUGACAGAACAAUACUGUCACAUGCAUUCUCAUUGAAGGCCACUGCUAACACCAGAUUCUUCCCAUGUUCGCGCACUCUACGGCUGCGCGAGCUGGUACAUAUAGGACUGAAUCACGGUUCA